GCGGUGGUGGGAGGAGCUACGCUGGUGUUGUCCUCUCUGGCACUGUGUCAAGGGUGCCCCACACACACACUCUUGGCACUGCUCGCUUCUCAUUUCCUCCUCCACCUUGCCUUGGUAGGGUGUCACAAAUCUCACCUACCACAGUGGAAUUGUGUAAAUACACUCCUUUACCUCAAGUGCCGGAUUUGUUUGUGUCUUAUGGAUUUAUACAAAUUAUAUUAAUGAAAAUAUCGCAAUUGUUGUCACAAUUAUGUUAAUAAUUAUACAGCCGAAGUGAUCAGAAACUCGUACUAGGGGAAGAACGGAAAAAGUAUAUACAUAAAAAAUGAAGGGAAAUAUAUAUAUAUAUAUAUAUAUAUAAACAUCUCCAGUAAUUUAUACUGCUAGUUAAAUGAGCAGUUUAUAUAUAAAAAAAUGAAAACUAUGUAAUGGAAAAAUAUUCCCAGGUGUAUAUAUAUAUAUACAUACAGAAAGGUAUAUAUUUCUCAGUGUACAUACACACUGAGAAAUUACUGUAAUCCCCAUUUUAGGGAUUGAAGUAUUACUGACUCGUAGUGAAGAGGUAAUUAGCAGCCUUGAUGACCCUCGUACAGUCGACAGGCUUUAAACCUGACUAACCAGUUAACCAACUGGUUACUUAACAAGACUUUUUAUUAAGACUGAGAUUUCGGAAUGAAGCAAGACUUGGCCCCCCACACAACCUGCCGUGUCUGUUAUGGGCUGUAUACAAGACACUUGAGAACUGUGGUGGCGAGUCUGGUGCUGGCUACACUGCUCACCCUCCUGCUCUAUACUACACCCAACACCACCAACUUCAUCCUCUCGUCCACCUCCAACAGUCUCAGUGGGAGUGUGUUGGGGGUGGAGGAAGAGGUCCAGUGUUUACCACAUCACCACAUUAUGUUUCUGAAGACUCACAAGUGCGCCUCCACCACCGUCCAGAACAUCUUCCUGCGGUACGGCUACACACACAACUUGACCUUUGCGCUGCCCUCAGCAGGGAAUUAUCUGGGUAACCCGGGUUUCUUCAAGGCCAGUAUGAUACCAAGAGACUUGAUGCCGUUCAAGGAGAAAGUGGAUAUAUUCGCCCUACACACGCGCCUCAACCCGCCCGAGCACGCCCAUGUCCUUCACAACGACACUAGAUGGAUCACCAUCAUAAGAGAUCCAUCGGCGCUCUAUGAGAGCUUGUACAAUUUUUUCCACAUGAACCUUGGCUACGGCUUCGAGCUCUCGGAGUUCAGCACGAGACCUAUGUCGGAGCUGGCAUCACUCCCAAGAUAUGGCGGAAAAUUUGGGAAGAACCAGAUGCUCUUUGACUUCGGAUAUCCAGAUGAUAUGUCUGUGAGCGAGCUGAGACGCGCUAUUGAGGAACUGGAGAAACUUUUCGACUUGGUGAUGAUUUCUGAGCAUAUGGAUGAAUCUCUCGUAUUGAUGCGUCACCUCUUGUGUUGGUCUCUACACGACGUUGUAGUCUUUGCAAAAAACGCUCGUCGACAGGAAGUUAAGCCGACUUUGAGCCCUGAAAUGCAACAAGCACUUCGGGAACUAAACAGCGCUGAUGUACUGUUGUAUAAUCAUUUUCUUGCGCGGCACCGACAUGCAGUUUUUGAGUUCGGUGUUCAACGGAUGGCUGACGAAGUAGCGGCUCUGCGAAGCCUCCGUGAUGAAUAUUAUGAAGACUGUGGUGCUAGAGAAGUCAAGGGACGAGAUUCUUCACUCAGGUUUAAAGAGUACUCAGGGUUAGUCAGUGCUUAUGUGACAUCAAAUAAUUCUGAUCAGAACUGCAUAAUGCUCUCGUUACCUGAGCUGCCACUAGUGGACACUGUCAGACGCCACCAGGAAACGUUGCUUAAUGUAGACGAAUUGUCCUAGUACCACGUUAUAUUUUAAUAUAAUGUUAAACUCAUUCCAUUUUUUAUAAAAAUAUAUAUGUUUAGGACACGUUUAAAACUUGUUGAUUGUUAUAUGUCAACAUACAAAAGAUCUUCCUCUAUCACUCAGAAAUAUUUUUUGGGAAAAUAGACAUAACGAAACUGAAUCCUAUUCCUACUGAGAAAGGAUGCCACAGAUGGGAUGGAAACAGUUUUCGUCUGUUGAUUUAAAAAAUAAAAAGGUUUUCUAAGCGAUUAACAAGUGUAACAUUACACUCGUAUACAUAUAUAUAUAUAUUUUUAACUUUCCUCUAUUCCUUCAUGCACGCGGCUUCCAGUUCUGCAUAUCACAAGUGAUCUAUUUUUGUAAUGAUUUUUUGGGUGAUGUUAAACUGUUGAAAGUGACCACUGUCCUGUGUGUGACCUAUAGCACCCAAGUGCCUUUUAAUCAUUCUACUCGAUUAGGCUUUCAGAGUGUCAUAGAUCUAGCAGUUGUUUCAUGAAAGGUGGACAUUGUCCACUUCAGAUAUUAUCGUUAAGUUUGAACUAACCCGGACACAAGUAUCUUCGAGUAUCAUGCCUGUGUUUCGUUUAUAUAUUGAAAUUAAGAUAAUGUAGUGAUACUGUGAUAAAGAAUAAAUAUUUAUCUAUCUUCCUUCGACAGGUUUAUUCCGCAUCUUAGUCGCCAUGUUUCCACAGUUAUUAAGGAUCGAUCUAAUGAAAAAAAAAACUGAAUAAGAUAAAAACUUAAUUUAAAAAUAGAGCAAUAAACCUCACUUUUGAAAUUAAACCAGCCAAACAAAAACUGUAGUUUCCAGCGCUGUUGAAAAACUAAAACAGCUGCAUAAAACCCACAAGAUAUCUUCAUUAUUUUUCCGUUUGAGUAUAGAAACUAAAAAAAAAAAUAUACAAUUUAAAGUUGACCAUGAAUACAGGUGUUGCGUUGAGUGACAUAUAGUAAACAUCUGUUCUCUGACCCUCAUAUUGAAUUCCAGUGAGGGAAAAGUCUGGGAUUUUUUUUUUAUGAAUCUGAAAAUAUAUACAUCAAAAAAAGUACAAAUUUGAACACUUUGGCGAUUGGUGUUCAAAUUUGUACUGUGGUGUUCCAUCUCCACUUGUUCUAAACCUUGGCCCCUCGGUUUACCUGUAGACAAUUCUGUGCCCAGGGCCCCGGUCCCAGACCAGGGCCAACCCUGGCUGAUGUCCUGAUCAGUGAGGCUGUUGGCGCUGAUUGCACUCAGGCCAGCAUACCCACCACAGCCUGGCUGAUCAAGAUCUAAUUUAAAAAAACAUACAAAGCUCCCUCUUGAACUUUAUAAUACGUACACUAUGUAAAAUAUAUAAAAGGAAGGUAUUGGAAGACCAGUACCUUAUUUCCAAGGAUUUUUAAUUUACAUUUAAAUUUCACAAUUGACCACCACAGAAGAAGUUUUGGAAGAUAUGUAAAAUAAUAUGAAAGUGUUAUUAAUUAAACCAAAUUUAUUUUUUAUUUGUUAUAGUUUCUUUAUUUCAACAUUGCCAAGUUGUCUUUAUAAGUUGUUUUUGCGACAGUCUGCCAAGAAAGUUUACAACUUGCACCGAGUAAUUUAGUGGUUAAAAUAGGUUUUGUUAUUGACAGUGGUUCGUACGUUGGAUUACGUGCGGCCAGCAGUAACAGCCUGGUUGAUUAGGCCCAGAUCCACCAUGAGGCCUGGUCACAGACCGGGUGCGGGGGCGUUGACCCCCGGAACUCUCUCCAGGUAUACUCCAGGGAUUUAAUAUGUUAUGGCUGUUAAAAGGUACUAAGAGGAACGCGUGUUAAGGUACUGGUUACCUACCCUUGAGGGUGUUAAGGUACUGGUUACCUACCCUUGAGGGUGUUAAGGUACUGGUUACCUACCCUUGAGGGUGUUAAGGUACUGGUUACCUACCCUUGAGGGUGUUAAGGUACUGGUUACCUACCCUUGAGGGUGUUAAGGUACUGGUUACCUACCCUCGAGGGUGUUAAGGUACUGGUUACCUACCCUCGAGGGUGUUAAGGUACUGGUUACCUACCCUUGAGGGUGUUAAGGUACUGGUUACCUACCCUUGAGGGUGUUAAGGUACUGGUUACCUAUCCUUGAGGGUGUUAAGGUACUGGUUACCUAUCCUUGAGGGUGUUAAGGUACUGGUUACCUACCCUUGAGGGUGUUAAGGUACUGGUUACCUACCCUUGAGGGUGUUAAGGUACUGGUUACCUACCCUUGAGGGUGUUAAGGUACUGGUUACCUAUCCUUGAGGGUGUUAAGGUACUGGUUACCUAUCCUUGAGGGUGUUAAGGUACUGGUUACCUACCCUUGAGGGUGUUAAGGUACUGGUUACCUAUCCUUGAAGGUGUUAAGGUACUGGUUACCUACCCUUGAGGGUAUUAAGGUACCAGUUACCUACCCUCGAAGGUAUUAAGGUACCAGUUACCUACCCUCGAAGGUAUUAAGGUACCAGUUACCUACACUCGAAGGUAUUAAGGUACCAGUUACCUACCCUCGAAGGUAUUAAGGUACCAGUUACCUACCCUCAAGGGAGGUACCUAUAAUCUUUCUAAUUACUGAGUAUUUUAUACAGUAACUCGA